AAGCUCAGAAAAUAUGACCGUUGCCGCACCCUAUAUAUACCUUAAUCAUCUCCGUCGCCACCUUAUGCAAAAAAAAACAUCACUCCCCUUCGCAAACAAAAAAUCUGCUGCUGGAAUCCAGACACCCACCAAAUCACCACCACCACCACCCAGUCGCCGGAAUCUGACCCACUUUACAACAUUUUCAACCAAUUCCCAACAUGGGUCUCCCCAUUAACAACAACCCACCAACCUCUCGAUCACACAACCACACUCACAACGUCUUCCUCUUCUGCAACUACAUCCUCUUAGGCGCAGCCUCCAGCUGCAUCUUCCUAACACUCUCCCUCAGACUCGUUCCCUCGAUAUACGGAUUCUCUCUCAUCCUCCUCCAUGUCCUCACCAUUGCCGGGGCUGUCUCCGGCUGCUGUGCCGUGGCCUCCUCGGGUACCAGUAGGUGGUAUGCAGCUCACAUGGUGGCCACCGUCCUCACGGCCAUAUUUCAGGGGUCGGUGUCGGUGCUCAUCUUCACGAGAACCGGAGAUUUUCUUGGGGAAUUGAAGUCUUAUGUGAGGGAAGAAGAUGGUGUUGUGAUAUUGAAAUUGGCUGGUGGGUUGUGUGUUGUGAUCUUCUGCUUAGAGUGGGUGGUGCUAACACUUGCAUUUUUCUUGAAGUACUAUGCAUAUGUGGAAGGUAAUACAAGUAAUGCAAUGAAGCAGACUGGUAAGGUACAUGAGGAGGAUCAGAUGAAAGAUUGGCCAUGGCCUUUUCAGGUCUAACUAAAUGGUUUGUUUUUUUUGUUUUUUAUUUUUAUUUUUAUUUUUACUUUUUUAUAUGGGUACUCUCACAUAGAUAUAUGCAUAUAUAUUUCAUUUGUUUGUUAAAAAAUUCAUCAAUUUGUUUGGAUCAGUUUGUAAUUUAUCUGGUUUUGUUUGCAGACAAAUACCAUGAGAUUGUAAUGUUUUCUUAUAUAAUUAUUCACAUACAUUGUUA